AUGGAGCACGCGUGGGCGGGUCUGCUGGCGGCACUGCAGGCCGCGGACCAGGAGGGGUCGGGGCUGUGGGUUGGCAGCCGGCCGUCAGUCCUGGCAUCGCCCGCGGUGGUCGGGGCCUACGCGUGGGGUUCUCGGGUGUACGGUACCGCACGCCCCACCUCCGACUGGGACGUCGUAUGCAUCACCACCUCCACCACCACUUCCUCUACGCCCUCGCCUUCGUCUCCUACGCCGCCGUCUGAUGCUGCGGCGGGGGGAGUGGAGGGUCCCUACGCGCUGUACGACGAUGGACACUACAACGCGUCGUUCUACUCCCUGCCCCAGUGGAUCACGGCCGUGUGGGAGCAUCGGCACGACGCCCUGGAAUGUGCAUUCCUCCCGCCUCAGCACCGGUGGAGAGAAGACAAAGAGGCGAUGAAGCGGGCGGCGGUUGUGGUGGACCCCGACGUCCUGUACCGGCGAGUGUCGUGGGAGGCGCGCCGCCGCAUCAACAUCGCCAAGGACAAGCAGGCCAAGUCGGGCGAGGACCCGCGCAAAGACAUAGUCCACUCGCUCCGCUACCUCCUCUUCGCCCUCCAGAUCCUCCACACCAACACGAUCGGGGACUACGGGGCGGCCAACGCGCACUUUGAGCGCAUCAUGGCCAGCAGUGCCGAUGACGUGGACUGGCCCUAUUGGAUUGGCCUCCACGACGGGCUGCAGGAGAGCCUUACCGGCCUCGUCUCCUCCCUCGUCCACCCCAUCCACUCCCGAUGCGAGCUAUUCAGGACGGCCCAAUGGAACCUCCGCCGACGGGUUGGCAAGCGCAGCCAGGGCGCAACCGCCGCCGCUGCCACGAGAUCGUCCACGGCCUCCUCCUUCUCCUCACCGGCCGUGCCGCUGGUGAUGGUGGAUUGCACGUACGAGCCGCGGGAGGAGCACGGAAUCCUGAGUUGGCAAAUGGAGGGAAUGCCCGAGCUGGUCCACUUGAUCCCCGACCACCUCGCCGACCCCGAUCACCACCGCCCAGCGCAAGAAGAAGGCCCGGAACGUCAACACCAUCGACCGCCCAAGUGUGCAACAGCGGCGCAGGAAUGCCACGGGGGUCUCAUAUUGGACGCGAGCCGGAACUGGGAGGUGGUGUGCUGGCCUCCCGCCCAGGUGCCCCACCUGCACGAGCCCUCUUCCGCCUCCUUGGACUGGGAUUCGGUGCGGGUUUUCGAGUACGUGGACGGGGUGACCCUGUCUCUGUUUUACUACGCUGGCCAAUGGCGGGUCUCCAGCCCCGGGGAUGCCGAUGCGUCGCGCGAGGCGUUUCCAGGGCUGGAGGAGCCCCUGCAGGACGCCUUCUGGCAUCUGUGGCGGGCAUUGGGCUACUCCCUCCCGCCAGCUGACGACGGCGACACCACGACCACCACCCGCCGAAGUGUGUACACGUUCGUGAUGACGCUGCGACGGCUCCGGUUCAUCACACGGCCGGUGGUGGACGACCUCCUGCUGACGGGCGUGCGAGACAUGGCCACCAUGCGCGAGCUCGAACCCGCCGCCAUCGCCGCCGAGCGGGGAUGGCACAGCGCCCGCGAGUUCACGGACCUGACCCCGGCGCAGGCUCGGGAGGAGGUGAAAACCACCAACCCGCUCUUGCGUGCCGGCUACCUGUUCGUCGAUGCCCGGUUGGGCCGGGCGAAGGCGAUGAACCCGCUCCACGUGUGGCUGCAGUGGACGGCGCCCCUGGUGCCUUCGUCCCCGGCGCCCCUCGUGCUCUCGCCCGUCCUCCCCGACGAACGGCGCCUCGGCGAGUCCAUCCGCUACCUGGGCCUCCGGCGCACACGCCUCUUCCUCGCCCACUGGCCCCAAUUUGCCCCCGAGGUGGAGGCGCUGGUGGAGGAGCACGAAGUCCUGUGUCGCGCGAUCGACGAGGCCUACGACCGCGUGCGCGCGGUGGCCGACCUGCGUGCCUUCUCGCGGGAGGUGCGCGGGUGGUGGUGCGGCUGGGUGCUGCUCAUCCUCCGCAAGCAGCCGUUCCGCUCCGCGCGCGACUACCUGGCCCUGUGCCCCGCGCGCGACUACUGGUCCCUCCGCGGCCAGCACGCGCGGGCCGUGGCGCCCCUCUCUUGA